GGAAAUGAGAAAUGGAGGAUACUGCUUCUAAAAUGAGUUCACCAUCUCCUGAAUCAAGUUGUGUGCCAUUAAAGAGUGAUCAGUCUUUGAUGAAUCAUAAUAUUGAAUUGAAUGAUACAAUGGCCUCUGGUACCAGAAGGACACAGAGAUCAGAGUCUCCAGAAGCCAGCUGUGUUUCUGUGAAGAGUAACGCAUCCAUGGAUCACCCAUUUGAAUUUAGUGAUGGACCAGUGACCUCUGACCUUCUGAAAGAGAUAUAUGAGCCAAGCCGAUAUUUUCCAUCCUCUACAUACCAUUAUCAGACUCAUUUCAGAGAGAAAAGAAGUAACGAAAUCCUGCAGACACAAAUACUAGAGACUGGAGACCAGAAGACAGUCAAAGACCAGCACAAAAUCAACAUGAAAAAAAGGUAUGAGAAAUUAAUUGAAGGAAGCAAACUCCAAGAGAAGGAAACCCUCCUGAACAGGAUCUACACACAGCUCUACAUCAUAGAGGGAGAGAGAGAAGGAGUGAAUGAAGAACAUGAGGUUUUACAGAUGGAGAAAACAGCCAGAACAAAUCACUCACAAAACACUCAAAUUGACUGCAAUUACAUCUUUAAAGCCUCCGCUGAAGCAGGAUAUGAGGAGAAAGAGCAGAUCAAGACUGUUCUUACUAAAGGCAUCGCUGGAAUCGGAAAAACCGUCUCUGUGCAGAAGCUCAUUCUGGACUGGGCCGAGGGAAAAGCCAAUCAGGAUGUAGAUUUCAUGUUUGUGCUUCCAUUUCGAGAGCUGAACUUGAUCCGAGAUCAUGAGUACAGUCUUCACAGACUUCUGCUGGACUUUCAUCCUGAACUUCAAGAUCUGGACUCACAGAUUUAUGAGGAGUGUAAAGUUGUGUUCAUCUUUGAUGGUCUGGAUGAAAGCAGAAUCACACUGAUGUUUUCAGACGCUCAGAAAGUUUGUGAUGUGACUGAGACUUCAUCAGUGGCUGUGUUGAUGUCAAACCUCAUCAAAGGAGAGCUGCUUCCCUCUGCUCUCAUCUGGAUCACCUCCAGACCAGCAGCAGCCAAUCAGAUCUCCUCCGAAUACAUCCACCGUCUGACAGAAAUUCAGGGAUUCACUGAGCCUCAGAAGGAGGAAUAUUUCAGGAAGAGAAUCAGUGAUGAGCAUCAAGCCAGCAGAAUCAUCUCACACAUCAGAAGAGCAAGAAGCCUCCACAUCAUGUGCCACAUCCCUGUCUUCUGCUGGAUCUCAUCCACUGUGCUUCAGAAGCUCCUGGAAGAAAAUCUGAGAGCAGAAAUCCCUCAAACUCUGACUGAAAUGUACAUCCACUUCCUGCUGAUUCAGAUCAACACUAGGAAGCAGAAGUAUAAAGAGAGAGAUUCAGAUAUACUCCUGCAGUCCAACAGAGAAGUGAUUGUGAAACUUGCUGAAGUGGCUUUCAAACAGCUGAUGAAGGGCAAUGUGAUGUUCUAUGAGGAGGACCUGAUUGAGAGCGCCAUAGAUGUCACUGACGUCUCAGUGUAUUCUGGGAUUUGCACUGAGAUCUUUAAGCGGGAAUCUGUGAUUCAUCAGAGGAAAGUCUACAGCUUUAUUCAUCUGAGUGUUCAGGAGUUUCUUGCUGCUUUCCAUGUGUUUUACUACCACAUAAGUAGCACUACACUAGCGUGUUUUGAUUUACUGCACAAACUCCAUGAAAGAGUAGUGGACAAAGCCAUUGAGAUUGAGAAUGGACAGCUGGAUUUGUUCCUACGGUUCCUGCUGGGCAUCUCCCUGGAAUCCAAUCAGAGACUCUUACAGGAUCUACUGACACAAACAGAGAACAGCUCAGAGAGCAUCAGAGAAAUCACACAGUACAUUAAAGAGAAGAUUAAAGAUGGACAUGGACUCUCCACUGAAAGAUCCAUCAGUUUGUUUCUCUGUCUGCUUGAAGUGAAAGAUCAGACUCUGUCCAGAGAGAUUCAGGAGUUUGUGAAAUCAGACAAACACACAGAGAAGAAACUAUCUCCUUCUCACUGCUCAACAAUCGCCUACAUGCUUCAGUUAUCAGAAGAGGUGUUGGAUGAGCUGGACCUUAAGAAAUAUAACACAUCAAAUGAGGGGAGAAGAAGACUGAUACCAGCUGUGAUCAACUGCAGAAAAGCUCUUCUUGCUGGCUGUAAUCUCACUUCUCAGGAUUGUGAAAUUGUGUCAUUAUCCCUACAAUCCUCCAACUCUGCCCUGAGAGAGCUGGAUCUGAGUAACAAUGUCUUACAAGAUUCAGGAGUGAAGCUGCUCUCUGAUGGACUGAAGAGUCCCAACUGUCAGCUGCAAAUACUGAGGUUGUCAGGCUGUAUGGUGACAGAGGAAGGCUGCGGUUAUUUGUCUUCAGCUUUGAGGUCUAACCCCACACACCUGAGAGAGCUGGAUCUGAGCUAUAAUCACCCAGGGCAAUCAGGAGUCCAGCUGCUCAAACACAAACUGCAGGAUCCAGACUACAAACUGCAGAUACUUAAUUUGGACCAUGGAGGACAUUUCAGGGUCAGACCAGGACUGAGAAAAUAUGCCUGUGAUCUCACACUGAAUCCAAACACAGCACAUACUCAACUCAUCCUGUCUGAAGAUAAAAAAGAAAUAAAGUGUGGAAAAGAUCAUCAGCCAUAUCCUGACCACCAAGACAGAUUUAAGCUUUAUGAACAGGUGCUGUGUGUUGAGAGUCUGGCAGGACGCUGUUACUGGGAGGCUGAAUGGGAAGGGUCAGGUCAUAUAGCAGUGACAUAUAAGGGAAUCAACAGGAAAGAAGGGAGUGACUGUCGGUUUGGACGCAAUGAAAUGUCCUGGAGUCUCUUCUUUUGUGAUAAAAUGUAUACUUUUUGGAACAAUAAUAAGACCACGGACAUUCCUACCCUUUUGCCCUCCUCUAAUAAAAUAGGAGUGUAUCUGGACUGGUCAGCCGGCACUUUGUCCUUCUACAGUGUCUCUGACACACACACACUCACACACUUACACACAUUCAAAACCACAUUCACUGAACCUGUCCAUGCUGGAUUUACAGUUUAUCCUGAUUCAUUAGUGUCUCUGAGUCAGAUGAACAACAGAGUCUCAUUUUAAAACCCAUUUCCAUCUUGUAAGAAAUAUAGAUUGCAUACAAACAAAAUCACAAAUAAUUACAAAUAUUACAAACACCAGUCCAGAGUGCUUUCAGCAUAUUGUUG